CAAGUCACCCAAACCACCUUAAGCCAUCAUGUCUGAACAGCUGACUCUGUACCUUCACAAGGUCGAGCUGGCUCUUAUCGAAGCCAAUGCACCCUACAAGUCCCACCAAAUCAAUCUCUCCAAUAAACCAGAGUGGUUCCUCAAAAUAAAUCCCAUUGGUCAGGUGCCCGCCGUGACAUACGGGGGACCCAGUGUCAACCCUGAAGAUCCUUCGCCAUUGUCCGCUAAACUCGCAGAAUCGAAUGUUAUUCUCGAGUUCUUGGCGGACCUCUAUCCGGACUCUGGCCUCCUGCCAAAGGAUCCUGUUUUGCGUGCCAAAGUCCGUUUCUUCAUCAACGCGACUACUAAACAUAUCGAGGUUCCAUGUUACGGCUUCGUCAGAGGGAGCGAGCCAUAUGAGAAUGUUUUGAACGGGAUUGAUGAUUUCGCGGUUGGGGAUCAUUACACCAUUGCGGAUGCGUGCAUCACUCCGCACCUUGCAAGAAUCAAGGCUGUCACCGAAAAUGACCUAGGGAAAUUCCCUGUCGGGAUGGGGUAUAAGCUAGGCGAGGAGUUAAAGGCGCCCAAAUUCGCCAAAUUCAUGAAAUAUCUUCAGCGAGCGCUGGAGCGUCGGAGCUUGAAGCAAACUUUGGAUGAGGAGUCUCUGAUCACAUUCUUCAAGAUGAUUUUCGCUGGGCGUACGCAGUGAUGAUUGUCGAGAUACAUCGAAAUCUUACAUGAGCAUAGCAACUACUCCUCCAUCUCAUCUCCACCACAAUCAUCGCUGUCACUGUCCUCACCCUCAGCAGCAUCAAUGGGUUCCAAACUUAGAUCAUGAUUUG